ACAAGCCGGGCAGCCUUUCAGCUGAAUAUGUGUACGCUUUGUUUUUUUUUACUUUACUUUGUAAAAUUGUGCGUAAUGAAGGUAUAUGGUCACUUUGGAGUGGACUGUCACCUACCCUUGUCAUGGCUCUGCCACAAACGGUGAUUUAUUACACUUUGAACGAUUGGCUGAAGGAGAUCGUCGGCUACACACAUGCCCAACGCAGUCGAGCGGUGGGGACGCAUUUGGAUUUAUCGGCUACGGAUUGGAUACCUGGUCUAGUUGGUGGAGUGUCUCGCGUCUGUGCAGUUGCAGUGAUUUCCCCACUCGAAUUGUUGCGGACAAAGAUGCAGUCAUAUGCCAUGACUCCAGAACGUCUUAUUCAGACCUUGAAGGACGCUAUUAGUCAGAGUGGCCUACAGAGUCUUUGGACGGGAAUGGGACCAACACUACUUCGCGAUGUGCCCUAUUCGAUGAUUUGUUGGCUGGUAUUCGAUUACCUGAAAUCCAGAUACCUGGUCGGACAACUCAGUGGCGUUCAUUUCAACGUGUCGGAUUCUGUGAAACUUCCCGUGCUCCCAUAUGGCUAUGCUUUUCUGUUUGGUGCAACUGCCGGCCUGUGCGCUGGUGUUUUAACUCAUCCGUUCGAUGUGAUAAAGACGCAUCGUCAGGUCGAACUCGGUGAAGCUUUGGUUCAUGAUCGGACCUACUCCAAAUCAACUUGGAUAUCCCUCCGUCGGCUGUACAGUUCAAGUGGGCCUCGAGCUAUGUUUGUUGGUUUCACUCCGCGCCUGAUGAAGACCACCUGUGCCUCAGCCAUCAUGAUCGCAACGUUUGAAACAUCAAAGUAUCAUUUUGCCAGUUCAUUAGGUGCUCCUCCUUCAUGACCAUCUCCCCUUGUUUUCUUGCCCAGCCUAUAGAUGACCAGCGCCUUUUGUACACUACUUUUUUAUUUGUAUCUCAUUAGUAGUUGGGAGACGGACAAUGAACCUGACGUUUCCCAAAGUUCUGCGGUGAGUGGAUCCUAGUGACUAGUUUGGUUCAGAGAUACAACUCUUUCCUGCCAACCCGGUACCCCCCUAACUUCAUGAAUGCUUCAUCCCUACCAUAAAAGCUGGAUCUAGCACAGACUUCCCUUGGACGAUGACUAUCGAGCCAGUGCCUCAGUGUCGUUGAGAAAUAAUAAACGCUGACUGAUGUACCUCUUAUCUCGCAGUAGGAGCUUAUGUGGGUCAUCUGAUAAAAAAUCUU